UGAACGGGGAUCAUUCACUGCAACCUGAUUGACAGGCGCCUGUUCCGACUCUCUGUCCCGCCGCAGAAUAAUGACUUUAUUAGGACGUUUCCGGUGAGUUUACAAGCGAUGACACACCGUGAAACUCCCGCGAACAUGAGCAACUCGCGCACAGAGGUCCAGCGGUCUCCCCCCUCCUCAAACCUGCCCGCAGACCACGUGCUGAACUCUGGAGCGGUCAUAUUCCCCGGUGCUUUUGAUCAGCACGGAUGUCCUCUGGUUAUAUUUCCUGUUGAGUCUCAAUGUAAACUAUCACAGGAGGUCAGCAGAGAAGAGGUGUCCCACUUCAUACACUACUGUCUGCGCUUACACAAUAAAGGAGAGGCGAGUCUGGUGUCUGUGGUGGUCGAUUUGAGGCAAGCUAAUGUCACCAUUGCACGGUUCAUUGGCGAAGCACUUCUGUUAUUAGAGUUUUGCAGGAGGAUCAUACAUUCGGUGUAUAUUGUUCAACCAAAGAAGAAAGAUGUUUUAAAGCAGCUGGGGAAAAUACUGACACCAAAUGGCUCCAAACAGCAUAGACCCAUCCUCUUCAAACUUGUUUUCCUCAAAGAUGUUUUUGAACUUUCCAACUACAUCGACAAAAGCCAGUUAACAUCUAGUUUAGGGGGAUACCUCCUAUACUGCCAUACCAGUUGGGUUGUCUUCAUUAAGGAGAUUGAUGGGUUUGUGCAGGAGUUCCUGUCUGUGGUGAAUAGACUGCCAUCCUGUAUCUCGACUCUGCAGUCGCUCGCAAAACUACCUGUACCUGCAGACCAUGAGCGACUGCAAAACUUUUGCUCUGUGAAUGAGGCCCGAUUCCGGCAUCUCAGGAGGGAUCUUGGUCUGGAUGACUUGCUGAAGCACUGUGAGUGUUUAUUGAAGAAACUGCAUUUCCCUGAAAAUGAGCCGUGUUUUCACGCAAUGGCUGGAACACUCCUCUUUUCGCACACCGCACUAGAGAUGCUCCACAACUACAACCGGAUAACUGCAGCAGUGGAGAAAGUGGAGUUGCUGUGGCAACAGGCCUUUUUCAGAGCUCGCCUUCAAUUACAGAUCCUUCAUCUACAAAGAGAAGCGCAACAGAUACAAGAGCAAAUUAUUGAGUUGCACAGGGAGAAGCUGCAGCCCUACAGGAUUCAUGUGUCUCGAGAUGCCCACAGUGCUGAAAUACUGAGGCUGGAGUUUGAGGGUUCAAUAUACACACAUGCAAUGGCACUAGUUCGUCAUGCUGAGGACGUCAUUCACACGUUCACUGAGACCAUUCCAUUAACAGAGAGCCGGCCCAGAGAGCAGUGGGUGGAUGAUCUGGAAAGACUGAAGGAGAACCUCUAUACUGCUGUUCAACGUCCUUAUCAGACUCUGAGAACUGUGUCAAACUUUCAUCACACCUGUAACAGAUGCAAGAACUGGUACAAUCUAGUGCUGUGUGAGACCUUCCUGCAAGACCUGCUGUGGAGUGGGAGUUGUGGUGGUCCGAGCGAGAUCAGCUCUUCUCCAGACUUGUGUACAGACCUGCCCCCCUGGAGACGAGGAGUCGAGACCUUCCUUAGGAGAAAUCCCUGCCCUGAGGUGCAGGAGUUGGUGAAGCUGUCACAUCUUGCUAAUUUUAUUACUGACCCUUACCUUCAGCAUACUGGCAAACAACUGACUCACAGAUGCAUGACCCUGCGGAGACUGUUGACCUCACCUGGUUCUGUGCCCCUUCACGACCUUCAGCUUGCACUUCAGUGGCAGUAUGAGUACCUUAAGGGCAACCACAAAACCUCUGACAUCACUUCCCCUGAGGUUGACCGGAAUACUUGCAGUCUCCCUCAAGACUCUGACUUUGCAUCCAACAUUGUCCCAUGCAGACACUCUGUUUCUCAGUGUGAGAGUUUGUCCGAUUUAGCCAAAUGGCCUUCAAUAGGGGAUUGUCACCAUCAGGUCUCGUCCAGUGGAGCUCCCGGGAUGGUGUCCGCUACAGGUAAACCCCUCUCUCUCAGCUCAUUUGACUCUGGUUUUGAUGGAGCAGGAAGUAGUCACUUGGAUACCAGGAGUAAGAGGGAUGGACUUCCAAGGUUUCUGGUAAAUGGAGACUCUGCUUUCAAAUCGAAACCACUUCAUGCACAAAUUCACGAGGAGGUAUUUAUGAGUGUAUCUGAUUCCGAGGAGCAGCAUGAAGAACUAGAGUUCAGUUUAAAGAGGGAUGCCACUCGGGCCAAUAUUCAGAUUGUUCCCAAAAUAACCUCAGACUCAUUGAACCUUGAGAUAAAGUUGAAACGUUCAGCCACACUACCCAAGAACCCUUGGCUUGGCCUCCCUAUAGAUGACUUGGAGAGUGCUUAUACUGUUACAAUUACACCCAACCCCUCUAACCAGCAGAGGGACCUGAAGAGCCCCAGUCUCUCAGAACACUCGUAUCGCACUGAUCAAUCCAACCGGUCACAAUAUCAACUUUCUCAAACUGAUGGCUUGAGGUGUGCUCACAACAAAGACACCAAGAGCAGCAUCUUCCAGAAUCAGGAUAGCUUUGAGGACUCAGAGUUGAAUCCCACUGGGAAUGUUCUGUCUAGUACUAUAACUGAUAAUGAGGACAAACCCAGCAACACAGUGGACGGUGAGCCAUCUCUUCUGUGGGACACUUUUGAUCUCCACAACCUUAGACGGGACUCUUUUGAACGGUUGGAUGCAUCUGUUAAUGACUGGGUUCAUAGAGAACAACAAGAGCUUAAAGAGGUGGAGGAGACUUUAGACAGAGCUGCUGAGAUACUGCAGGAGGAAGAGAGUGUACUUGCACAGGAAGUGCUCCUCGAUGAUCUGUUAAAGACUGAGGACCUGCACAAACAUUGGCCCUUAUGGAACAGAGAAGACCAGCACAGUCUGAUGUCAUCAAAAGAUCUGUCUGAAUCUGUUGUGAUUGGAUUGGACGAUGAUAGUGAACUCUCCUCCUUGCACUCUGAGAUUUUGAAAACAAGUGAAAUUUGUGAAAACUGCCCAGAUUCACCAGGAUUAGCCACUGAAUGCCUUGCUCAUGUGAAUGAACCUGUGCAGCUGGAUACAAGAUGUCCUAAGGUUGACAGAAGUGGUAUCCUUCAGGAGCUUAAAGAUCUUCAAGCUCUUGAGGAGCAAAUUAUGAAGGAGACUUUGAAACUCGAUGCUCUGCGCUGCAGUGAAGCUGAGGUAUUUCUGUCUGAACACCUAUCACAGGCUCUUGUCAUGACACAGAGCUCCUACAGGGAGAGGGAGAGGAGGAUGAUGCAUGCUCAUCUGGAGGAAGAGACACGGGAAGUUGAGGAGAUGGAGCGAAGCCUGAGUCGAGAGAUGGAGAAAGCCAGAAAGGUGAGAAAGAGGUCGAGCAAAGGCCACAAAGUUGUGAAGUGUUCCAUCAUGGAGAAGAACUCGAAGCUGAAAGAUCUGGACGAUGAGCUGUUGAGAAACUGUAGGCUCCAGCAGCAGAGCAUUCAAAAUCUUGAAUCCGAUCAUUACAAACCUCUAUUAAUUCCAGCCUCUGAGCAAUCAAACCCUCAAAAAUCUCCAUGUUCCGCAUCAGAGGAAUCUAGCAAUGACAUACCUCAAUAUUCAGCCACUGAAGAAUGCCCAUUUCUACGGUUACAAUGGAAAGAUUUUGAGGAGCGCGCCAGUCACGCACUUCCAAAUCAAGCUGAAAAUGAAGUUACCAAUCCCCAAGACUUACAUUUGGCUUCUGGGCCUUUGGGUACAAUAGCCCCAAGCAAAUCUGUUCCUAACACAAGCCUGAGUGAGCACUGUGAGGUGGAGACUGUUGCAGCAUCCUCAACCCAGAAGACCAAUCACGAGCAAGGUGCUUUUGAUCCUGGUGGCAUGUUACUCGCAACUCCAGUACCUGCACCAAGAAGUGCAUUUCCUCUUGACGGCAAACAAACACAAAUUAAUUCUGAGAAAAGUGCAUCAGCAGGUGAUAAUACAGCCAGACAAGGACAAUCAGAAUCAGGGGUAUCGGUCUUGUAUGACAACAUUACCCCAAAAUCCAGAGAGCGGACAAACCCACCAUUGAGCAAAACACAAGGACUGCAAAUGCAUAACAGUAACAACAACAAAAGCCCUCCUGUCCAGCCAGUGUUAUACAGUGACAUUUCUGAAACCCAAGAGAACUCUACACAGAGAGAAUGUUACCAUGAAGACUCUGAGGUGGCUGGGCAGUACUUGUGCCAUGUACAGAAUAAAAAUGGUGUUCAGUACGACGGUGGAGGCUCCACAAGGGCUGUCUGCAAAUCUCCGCUUAACCAGCUGCAGCUGCACACUUUCACUAGACAGAUGACUGAUUAUAAGACCACCAUUGUGUUGGACACUGGGUCUGGUUUGAUGAAGGCAGGAUUUGCAGACCAGGACCUUCCAACUACUGUAUUCCCCACUGUUAUUGGGCAUCCAAAAUAUGAGGAAAUAAUGAAUGGUAGUGUGGACAGAGAAGUGUAUAUUGGGCAUGAUGCACAGCACAUGAGGGGCGUGCUAACCCUGAAAUACCCCAUAAGAAGUGGAGUUGUACGCAACUGGGAUGAGAUGGAGAUGAUCUGGCAUCAUGCGUUCCAGCAGCUUGGUGUGGACUCUGAAGAUCAUCCGGUGUUGCUGACUGAAGCGGCCAUGAACCCGGUCCAGAACCGGCAGAGAAUGGUCGAGCUGAUGUUUGAGGCCUUUAACGUCCCCCUCACGUUUGUGGCCAUGCAGGCUGUUCUCGCUCUCUACGCCUCUGGACGAACCACAGGUGUGGUGUUUGACUCUGGUGAUGGUGUGAGUCACAGUGUUCCCGUGUUUGAGGGGUACUGUCUCCCUCAUGCUGUGCAGCACUUCAAUCUCGCCGGAGCCGAUGUCACCCUGCAGCUUCAGAAGCUGCUGCUGGAGCAGGGUGUGUGUAUGCGCACGUCUGCAGAGCAGGAGAUUGUACGUGAGAUAAAGGAGAGAUGUUGCUGUGUGGCUCUGGAUUAUGAAGAUGAGUUCAGGAGUGGAGGAACGUCCUCACAGGUGCACUACACACUACCUGAUGGACAGCUCAUCUCACUCGCCACAGAGCGCUUCAGAGCACCAGAAAUCUUGUUCAAGCCGGAGCUGAUUGGACGAGAUCAUUAUGGGUUGCAUGAGAGCAUUUUCAAAUCCAUUCUCCGAUCAGACAUCGACCUGCGGCGGAGUUUUGUGGGAAAUAUUGUUCUGUCAGGUGGUAACACGCUGUUGUCUGGACUCCCCGAGCGCCUGCAGAAGGAGAUGAGAAACAUGGUUCCUGCGGACCUGACGGAGUGUGUGAGAGUGACGAGUCCGAGCGACCGAGACUUCUCCGUGUGGUGUGGAGGAGCCGUACUGGCCAACCUGCCCGCCUUCACCAGCGCCUGGAUCGGCGCAGAGGAAUAUGAGGAGUUUGGCCCGCAGAUAGUUUUCAGGAAGUGCUUCUGAGAUCUCCAGCAGGAAGCUGAAGACUGUUUAUAAUACCGUUUUAACCAGGUUUACCCAAUACAGUCUUAUAAUGGUGCCAAGUGUCAUUUUGAGGAUUUAAAAAAAAAAGUUUUUUUCAAUCAUGUGGGUAAUUAUCUGUAUUGAUGUUACCUGGUGAGUUUUAAUGAAGGAGUACUUAAGCCAUGUUGUAAGAGCAGGUUUCCAAGACAAAAUAGGCCCUUUUUCUUUACAAGCUCUUAAUGGUAUCACUGGUUGUUUCAAUCACAUAAUUUAAUUAUAAUAUAAUCAUUCCAUGUCUAAUAUGUAAAUUUUGAUCUGUUUGUCUGUGUGUGUGUAUAACAGAUCUGAGAUAUAAAUGUAACUUUCAGUGUUAUUCUGAUGCUGUUUGUGGACGUAAGGCUGACCUCCGUUUAAUGAUAUUGUAGAUUUUAUUGGAACAUGUGAAUGCAUUGAUUGUCAGUUGUGAGUCUUUCAUACUUGAUGUGCCACAUCAUCAUCUACAGAACAUUAUAUGUGAAGAGAGAUGUUCAUUUCCUUUUCUCCUACAUAUGCACAAUUUCUUGACCUUUUCUUCAGGUUUUUUGCAUGUUUCUUUUUUGCUUUGAUUUGCUGAGCAGAGUUUUUUUUUUUUUUUUUUAAUUUUUUUUUUUUUUUUUGCGUGUGUGUGUGCCACAUCUAACUUCACUUAUCUUUCCAUUGUGAUUUCACUUGGGUUUUUUUUUAAUCUGAGGAAAUGAUUUUGAAGUGAAUAUGAAUGGAUAACGUGCAUCUCCUGUUGAUUUUCACAGACCCCUCAGUGUUCAGGAUACAAUAAAUGCACCUUUUGUGCGUUUGUCUGUGCUUAUGACUUUGUACAUGUUUAUUAUGUGAGGUUUAGGACAUAAGAUCCAAAUCCUGUUAUGUGUUGAGCGGUUUAAUGUUGCUCAAUGUAAUUGCAUUUAAUGCACAAUCCAGCAUCGGCGUCUGUUAAACCAGGUGAUGUCCUGAACUUUUUACAAUAAAUAUUAAUUCUAAACAAAAA